AUGCACAGAACGGAGGAUGGUCAAUUAUCAGCUGAAAGUCCGAAAUUACUAAGGGCCGGUGUACGGUUACGGUGUACGAAGUACAAAGUACAAAGUUACGAGUGCGAGACUGGUGGACGGCCGCCCAAGAAAGCAGAAAAACGUCAGCGGGGUUGGGUUUGGGCUGUGCAUCGCAUCACAUCAGUUUGCAUUGAGGCAUAA